CGAAAAUGAAAAAAAAAGAAGAGAAGUGUGAUAUUGUAAAAGUCCCCCACCACGAAAUGAAUUAGUUUUUGUCUGUUAGCUUCAAAACUACUAAAAUCAUCGUAUCUCUCGUCCAUCCCCUCCCAUCUUUCACCCUCCGCCAUAUAUUAUUUUCUCCUUCUUCUUCUUCUGAGAAUCAGCCUACCAACUUCUGAGCUCCGGCAAGUCCUUUCUUCACCUCCACUUGCUCUCUCUCUCUCUCUCCGGCCAAAUAUUUGCAGUUGAACUCUGGGAGCGAUGAAUCGGCCCAAGGUACAGCGUCGUGUUGGUAAAUAUGAGGUUGGCAAAACCAUUGGACAAGGCUCUUUUGCUAAAGUCAGGUAUGCUAAGAACACCGAGACUGGAGAAUCCGUGGCUCUCAAGAUCCUUGAUAAAGAGAAGGUUCUCAAAAACAAGAUGUCUGAGCAGAUAAGGAGAGAAAUCUCUACUAUGAAGCUGAUAAACCAUCCUAAUGUAGUGCGCCUCUACGAGGUUUUGGCGAGCAAGACAAAGAUAUAUAUUGUCCUAGAAUUCGGCGUUGGUGGAGAGCUUUUUGACAAAAUUGUGCAUGAUGGGCGCUUGCAAGAAGAUGCAGCACGUAAAUAUUUUCAGCAGCUUAUCAAUGCAGUUGAUUACUGCCACAGCAGGGGAGUUUACCACCGAGACUUAAAGCCGGAAAACUUGCUUCUAGAUGCUCAAGGAAAUCUCAAAGUCUCUGAUUUUGGAUUGAGUGCCUUGUCCAGACAAGUCAGGGGCGAUGGUCUUCUUCACACUGCAUGUGGAACUCCAAACUAUGCUGCUCCUGAGGUUCUUAAUGAUCAAGGCUAUGAUGGGGCAACCGCAGACUUAUGGUCCUGUGGAGUGAUACUCUUUGUACUACUUGCUGGUUAUCUGCCUUUCGAUGAGUCUAAUCUCAUGACGCUGUAUAAAAAGAUAACAGCUGCCGAAUAUACUUGUCCUCCUUGGCUAUCUCCUGGUGCCAAGAAAUUGAUCGUCCGAAUCUUGGAUCCAAACCCGGUUACUCGUAUCUCAAUUCAAGAGAUUCUGGAAGAUGCGUGGUUCAAGAAAAAUUACAAGCGACCCGUUUUCGAGGAGAAAGAAGAAGCAAACUUGGAUGAUGUAGAAGCUGUUUUCAAAGAUUCAGAAGAGCAUCAUGUCACAGAAAAGAAAGAGGAGCAGCCAACAUCUAUGAAUGCCUUUGAGUUGAUAUCAAUGUCGAGAGCUUUGGAUCUCGGGAACUUGUUUGAAGAAGAAGAGGGAUACAAGCGAGAAACAAGAUUCGCAGCUACAGGCGCUGCUAACGAGUUAGUCCAGAAGAUUGAAGAAGCUUCUAAGCCUCUUGGUUUCGAUAUUCAAAAGAAAAACUAUAAGAUGAGACUUGAAAACGUGAAUGCGGGAAGGAAGGGAAACCUAAAAGUGGCGACUGAGAUAUUUCAAGUAUCACCGUCUCUUCAUAUGGUAGAAGUUCGGAAAACAAAAGGAGAUACAUUAGAGUUCCAUAAGUUUUACAAGAAGCUCUCGACCACACUUAACGAUGUGGUUUGGAAAUCCGGCGAGAGCUCUGGUCUAAACAACAAAUAAGAAAGAACAAAAAAGACUCUGCUUCAAGUCUGUUUGGUCAUUCUGUAUUAUCUUCUUUUGUUUCCUGUUUCUUUCAUUGGACUCAAUUCUUUUAAACAAUUUAGAGACAUGCAAAACCCAUGAGCUUUGACUCUGUACA